UUUUCUCUUUUAUUUUUUGCGAGCUGAUAAAAGCAAACCAACCAAGGAAAAGAACCACACUAUGCUUGUCUUUUUCUUUUUCUUUUCUUCCUACAGAGUAGUUCCCCUCCUGAGUUCUCUCUUUCUACUCAUUUUCUAUAAUUGCUUUUUCUUCUUUGUGCCUUAUUUGGCCCGUUAUUCCUUCCGACUUCUCCCCCUUUUUUCCCCUUCCCCCUUUUUCCCACUCCCUUGAUCAAAUUUCCGUCCUUUUCGAAACUAGCAGUAGUCUGUUCAACGCGAAGUAGAUUAUUAGAAUGGGAUAUUCAUUUUCUUUCUU